CAGUGAUCCUUCAUCCUUCAUGUUGUGUGGUUUCGUGGAAGAAUUUGAGAUAUUUAUCAAAAUAUAUUAUAAAGUACAAUUGAUUGCAGUAACACAUAAUCGCAUAUAGUCAGUGCAUCGUCGCGAUCCAGUAGCGUGUGUGUAAUUUGGUGUUUAUGUAUAGAUUUGCAAAAGUAAAAACUUAUUGGGACGACGUCUGUUGUUUACGUUUGUUGUCAGUCAUUUGCGAUAAACUCUACGGACGUGGUACACGUAUGAUCAUCUAAAUACCGUUUUAAACACGUUUUUCACAUAAAUCGCUCAAUAAACAUUGUUAAAAUGCGUUUCAACUAUAAAAAGUUGACAGUAGCAGCUGCAAUUUUAAUAAUAACUUACGUUUUGUUAUCGUAUUCGUCAAUCAUGGAAGAGCCGGGAACAAGUGGGAGAAACAACGUUAACAGCUUGGAAAUAAGGCUAAGCAAUCUCCAAAAACAAAUGGACCAGCAGAUGACAGAAAGUGACAUGCUAUUGAAACGAGUAAAGCAGAAUUUGAAGUUAAAGACUGAAGAAGAAAAUAACCAUGAAUUUGUUCAAGAUAACGAAAUAGAAUCUCCAAGUGACCUUGUCCUGCCGGUAUUGCUAAUAGCUUGCGAUCGUGUGACUGUCAAGCGGUGUCUGGACAAUCUAGUGAAAUUCCGGCCGAGUAAAGAGACCUUUCCUAUAAUAGUGAGCCAGGACUGCGGUCACAACGCCACGUACCAAGUGAUAAAGAACUUCGUUGACGCCGACCCGUCCAUCAGCGUGGUACAGCAACCAGAUCUCUCGGAGAUCCCCUUGCCUCGAGUGAAAGUCAAGUUCAGGGGAUACUACAAGAUAGCGCGGCACUACAGGUUCGCGUUGAACCACGUCUUCAAGACUUUGGGACACCACGCCGUUAUCAUUGUUGAAGAUGACUUGGAUAUAUCCCCGGAUUUCUUCGAAUACUUCCUGGGGACAUAUCCGCUGUUGCUAAAAGAUCACAGUCUAUGGUGCAUAUCGGCAUGGAAUGAUAACGGCAAAAAAGAGGUGAUAGACUUGUCCCAUCCAGAGUUGCUGCACCGCACCGACUUCUUCCCCGGCCUCGGAUGGACUCUGCGCAAGGAGACCUGGCUGGAUCUUGAGCAAAAAUGGCCGGAGGCAUUCUUCGAUGAUUGGCUGCGGGAUCCUGAAAACACCAGAGGGAAGGCCUGCAUCAGGCCAGAGAUAUCGCGUACUUUUACGUUUGGAAAGAUAGGAGUUAGCAAAGGACUGUUUUAUGAUAAGCACCUUAGGGCUAUGCAACUCAACUCGGAGUAUGUGGAGUUCACUAAACUGGACCUCAGUUACUUGCUUAAGGAGAAUUACGACGACGCGUUGGAGUCCAAAGUGUACUCGUUACCAGAGGUGAGCGCUGAAGAUGUGGUGGCUUCGUCCCAAGACGAUUCUCCCGUCCGCGUCACGUAUUCCAACGCCAAGACUUACCAGAAGGCUGCAAAGAAACUUGGCCUAAUGGACGACUUCAGGAGUGGUGUACCUCGUACAGCGUACAGAGGUAUAGUGUCUUGUUUCGUCCGAGGGAGACGGGUGUAUCUUGCGCCCUCUUUCCCUUGGACCAAAUACGACCCGAACUGGGGCUAGUGAGACCAUUAUGACCCCGGGUGGGGUUGAAAAGUGACCAAAUAUUACACUAGCCAUGUGUGAUCGUGUUUUAAAAAGUGUAAAUAUUAUAAUAGUAGAGUGAAAACCCAAUUCCAGUCAAGAGGAACUUCUGCGAUAACAGUGUGGUAAAAUAUUGUGAUGUGAACUAAACUAAAUCUAAUCGAUCGAAAAAGGAUAUGUGUUGUGUAAAAGGGUUCGUGUAUAUACCGUAAAGUAACUACUAUAAUAAAUAAUAAAAUAAUAUGAUUACUUAAAUGUAUAAUAUGUGAUCUACGGCAAUUUUUUACGAGUUUUUAAUGUUUUUAUUUUUUGGAAGUUAGAACAUUCAAUUUGACGGACAGAUAAGCACUUGAACUUGAUGUGUAUUUCACAGCUGGCUGUGAAGACUUAGGUAUUUUGCAACCCUAUAGAGUGGACUUAUUUUCUUAUAAGAAAAAUAGUUCUUUUAGUUUAAUAAUAUUGAAAAAUAUUAUUGUUUUAAUGUAGAAUAUUGUAAAUAUCUAUUUUGACAAUCGACUUACACCAAAUGAGGUAGAGAGGACAACGGGAAAUUUAAUAAUGUACAUCAUUCCUAUUACCUCCUCUGUUGAGGAACAUCGGGAAUACGCCAUAUAAAUAAAUAUUAGAAAAGAACUGAUCUCUGUGAGAUUCAGUAGAACUUUUUUUUAACUUUUCGACUGUAUCAAAUGUGUUCCCUAUAUAAAUAAAUCUCGCUAUUUAAUAAAUUUUAGUAUAAAUAUAUUCAAUUAAAAAACUAAAUUUAAAACUUGACUUCAUCACUAUAAAUGGCGUCUUUAUCGACUGAUAUUUUUGUUAACAAUAAUUUGUAGUUUUUAAUCAAAUGUAUGUCUAAUUAUAACAUUUAUAAAGCUCAAUUGGAAAACCCUUGGUAAUAUAACUUUUAAUGCACAUGGACGAUAAUUUAGGGAACAGUGUCUCCCAUCUCUUUGGCUCUGUGGUCAUGGCUCAAUAUCUUUAUUGCUAUCAUAUAUAGUGUAUAUAUAUAUAUAUUUAGUAUCAUGAUAUGGAUAAUGACGUCGAUACAGCGAGCCCUUGAGAAUAUUUCCUCCGUGUUAAUCUUUAAAGUGAGUAAUUUCCAAACCAUUUAUUUAUUGGCUUACUAAUAUAUCUAAUCACACUAAUAUUAUAAAGGCGAACGUUUGUGAGUGGGUAUGUGUGUUACUUCUUCACAUCUAAACGGCUGGAGUGAUUUUAAUAAAAUUUGGUAUGGAGUUAGCUGACACCCUGGAUUAACAUAUAGGCUAUGUUUUGCUGCGGGAAAAUAUCCCUAAUUAACCGCGGAUAACAGCUAGUAUUAUAUAAAGAAACGUCAAAAUCAUAACAAUUUAUACAUCUUUCUGUUGUGAUGUGCCCCAGAUGUUACAGCUUGCUAGACUAGCCAAAGACGUGAAUUAUCCCAUUAGCAGCUGUACUAUUUUGUAAGAACAAACUCACAACAGGAGGGGGCGGGGGAGCCCAAGCGGGAAUUUUUGGAUUUACUCGAGCGCGGCAGAUUAACUUAAGAGGGGCAGGCAACCUUGGCCCUUGUGAGUUGGGUGACCAACUUUUUUAUAUUUUUUUUUAGAAAUGUAGUAUUUGAUCCCCUAAUAUAGUAGGAUACUAUAUUAUAUAAUAGAGAUGGCAACUCUGCUUGUGAAGAACUCCCAUCAUACCUGAGGCCUCUAUGUAGUGACGAACCUCUGGGGCACAAAAAAAAAUUAUUUUUCAACAAACUGCCACGACUUUUCGACAGCAAAUCAUCAGUCUUUUGAAUAGGAGGUACCAGAGGUUUGACAUACCAUCCCUUCUCAAUGUCUCAUCAUCAAUCAUCAUCAACAGCCUAUCCUAGUCCACUGCUGGACAUGGGCCUCUCCAAUUGCACGCUACUCAGAUCGAUCUUGGGCUACUCGCAUCCAGCUCCUGCCAGCCACCUUGCACAAAUCGUCACUCCAUCGUGCCUGAGGACGUCCUACACUACGUUUGCCUAGACGCGGCCUCCACGCCAGAACUCGUGUACCCCAACGGUUAUCGGUUCUUCGGCAAAUAUGGUCAGCCCACUGCCACUUCAACUUGCUGAUCCGGUGGGCUAUGUCGAUAACUCUGGUUCUCGUCUCUCUCUCGUCGGAUUACCUCAUUUCUGAUGCGAUCCUUCAGAGAAACGCCGAGCAUAGCCCUUUCCAAUGUCUGCCGCGCUCGUAUAUAUAUUUUCUGUAACUGCGGUGUGAUUUAAUAUUAGAACACCAAUUUCAAAUAUAUUUCAGUGAAAAUUGUGUGUUUGUCCUUACAGAAUGACGUUGUGAGUAGUAUUUACACCAAGUGGAUUGCUAGGUGUCGCCUACUCAGAAGUGCAGAGUUUGAAUUUCAUUGGGGCAAACUUUAAUUCCGUCGCCAUAAGGAACUGACGAGCAGAAUCGCAUUGUUUCGGUGGCCGCACUGUAAUGUAAUGGCGGGUGCUUUGGACCAAGCCACAAACUUUUUGCCUGCUAAUAUCGACUUUACUAUAAGGGGCGUAAAGUUGAAAUCAUGUGAACGUGAACUGAAUCGCACAAAAAUUAUAUAAGCUUUUAUGCCAUUGGCUGGAUUGUAUUGUCGCGUUACUUCAGUCAAUUGACCGCCCGUCUUAUAGUGAGACGCUAUUUAACAUCCUGUAAAAUUUGUUCAACAAAGUUGAGCUUUAUUUUGCUUGCCAUAAGAUUCACAAUCUAUUGGAUGCGUGUACCAAUCCUUUUAGAAGUUUUAAGUUCAGAUGCCCAAACACGAAAUUUGACAGCUCCUCUAAUCGUAGCGUCAUCAUCAAAUUUUGCAUGGAAGAAGGCAGUUUGUUCUUACGUCCGGUAGCUGUUAGUCCGGGCGCUGCUUAGGUUUCAUAGAAACUUUUCUGAGAAUUGUGAUGUGGAAGCUGAACCAAGGCGUAUUUCGGCGUAAAUAAAAGCGUGGAACUCGGCGUAUUGGUCUUUUUAUUGGAUACAACCACAUCGGACUUAUACACAAUUAGUUCAUGAAAAGAUGCACUUAGAUUUAAUAUAACAAGCAGACACUACGUUGAACGUAGGACCAUUUUUUUUACGAAGGGGCACGGAGGAAGUGAUGGUAGCCUUUUUUAAUAGACAAAUGACAAAGGAAUAAGACAUACAUCCUUAUUAGAGGGUGAAAACACAAUAUCUAAAAACUUUGACGAUGCCAUACGAUUACGGAAAAACUGUCAAAAUUAGUGCUUGGGCUUCCUAAGUCUCUUGCAUCAGAUAAACCGUUCAAGACUGUUCUGUGAAUUAUAUGUAAAUAAAUAAGAAUGUAAAAAAAUACUAUAUAACUAUUACAUUUUAUAUCAACAUAUUAUAUAUAUAUGUAUAACUAUAUAUAUAUAAUCACCAACCAUUUUUGUGUGUUUAUGUUUAUAGAUGAAACAUUUUACAUUAUUAUUUUAUCAUUCUCAUACUUUAUAUAAGUACCUAUAAAAGACUGUGAUCUGCAUUGUAAUAUAUUGUUCACGUAAAUAUGUGCUGUAAUAUAUAAAGCUAAUGUUAUGUUUGUAAAAAUAAAAUUGAUAUUGUUGAAAAUGUUGUGUUCUCUUCCGUCUCUCAUUCGGGAGUUUACGAUAACAAAAAGUGACACUUUGCCCCGUAAAGAAUGAGCACUCUAAUGUACGAUUCUCACUUACCGGCGCAUGUCGCGUCGGAGCGCAGCGCAUAUUAUAAUUUGCUGAAGGUAAUUGAAACAUCCAUAAAGUAUUAUAGCUAUUUACGGGAUUGUUACCAUUACCUUGUUUUUUGGGUCUCGGAUAUUUCGGCACUGUUAUUGUGAGACUGAGGCCCGUAUUACAGAAUGGCAACUAAGUGUUGAUCUUUACUUGAGUACAGUUAGAAAGGGAUGUCGCUAUGUGCUACAUAUAGCGACAUCCUUUUCUAUCUAUGCUCAAGACUAGAUUAAUAACUGAGAAUCUUUCUGUAAUACGGGCCUGAGUAUUGUGUGUCGAGAACAGGUGCGAGUGAAUAGUGAGAAUGUGACUAGUGGUAGGGUUAUCGAGCGCAGUAAAAUACGACGUCAAAGGGUAGACCGAUAUGCCUGCCAAUAACAUCUACCCGCAAUUACCUGAGUUGCUCCGUGAUCAUGGCGCUUGCAACAGU